UAAGAUGGCCGCGCUAUGUCACAUUCUACUUUCCCUCAGUUGGUCAGGUGGUAUUCCGGAAGUAUUCACAUUGCUUUCAGAGGAAACCCGAUGAUGUCCAGCUGGGGAUGCAGUGCCCUGGCAGGACUUUUAGGGGCGCUAUCCGCCUGCUCUGCCAAACUUGCUCUGGGGGCCGAUUAUGUGAGGGAUGCGUGCGAAGUUGUGGCAGGGGAUCAGGGAGGGAUGUGCGAGUGGGUCCAUCUACUCCUCCGUCUUUGCUGCACCUGCCUUGUCUUUGUUUGUAAUGCCGUCAUGUGGACUUUCUUUGCAAAGGCAUUAAGAUUAUCUUCCUCUUCUGCUGCUGCAACUGUCACAACAACUGCCUCAAAUUUUAUGUUCUCGGCACUCAUUGGAAAGGUUCUGUUUGGAGAGGCCCGUGCUAUGCUGUGGUGGGUAGGAAUUUCUAUUACCCUUUGUGGACUGCUUUUGCUUCAUACUGCAACACCGUCCCAUGAAGAGAACCGUGCUAAAACAAAGGAAAACUAAACCAAUGAAAACAUGCAAAUAGUUUCUCACCACCUGGCUUCAAGUUAACAUGGGGAGUGGAAAGAACAACAAGCAAGGUUAAGCACUGGUAUUUAUGACAAGGUGAAAUAGAAAAUCACACAGUUCUGUUUGUGUCUAUACAUAGGGGAUAACAGGGAGUGAAGCACCAAAGCGUCAUAGCAAGAUUAUAGUUUCAUAGAAAUCCGACAUACAGAAUAACGACUUGUUAGCUUGUAUAAAUGACUAGUAUUGAAUAGGCAGCAGCAAGAGCAGUGAUUUCCAAACACAUUGAUAUCUACAUCAUUGAUAACUUUCACUUCAUAAUUUAGUCAUAUUUUUAAAAAAUAAUUAUUUUAAUAAAGUUUAUCAAGCAUAACAAUGUACAUUAAA